ACAUCGUAAGUAUGAAAGGAAGUGGAAGUGUGUACAGAAAUAACACACCGAGCCUAUUCUAUAAUUGAAAUGAUUUUCGGAAAAGCAACGAGUGGCUUCAUCGAGCAGUGAAUUGAUAAUCCGUUGGUAUUUCAUACAGCCACAUCAAUUCAAUUUCCCAAUGAGGAAUAUGACGGUCUAUCGUAUUUUGUGCGAAGAGAAAGAAAAUGAGAGUGCAGUUCCUGUAUACAUUCAAAUGACAUUCGGUGCACUGGGAAAUAUUCUGGCGCUGAUUCUACUCUGGGUGGGUCGACAUGAACAUAAAUGGCGGUCGUUCUACAUACUUUUCAUGGGCUUGGUGAUUACUGACUUGCUAAACAAUUGCGUGUGCUAUUCUUUAAUUCUACGAAGAUACAUUUCAAACUUUACGUGGUGUUUACCAGAACAACUAUGCGAUUUACUUUCCUUCUUGGAAACGUUCUCCCAUUUGACAUCCGGAAUGAUAAUCGGAGCAAUGGCUAUUGACAGAUAUGCCUACGUAACAGGAAGGCGACAUCGAACUGGCUUCGAGAGUCGAAGAAUGACAUACCUUAUUGUGUUGAGUGUCAUCCUAUUCUUUGCAUUAGUAAUAUCAGGUCUACAGCUUGUGGGACUAGGGAACAGUCAACUGUACUAUCCUGGAUCUUGGUGUUUUCUAGACUUUACCGACAAAUCAUUAGACAAUAAAAUCAACGCCCUGAUAUAUUCCUUCGUUGGUAUUAUCACCAUCCUUGUAACCCUCAUCAUCGGUAUAAAAACCACCGUACUGACUUGUAGAAAUUCUGAGUAUCAAGCACUACUACUCGAUAACCACCUGGUGUCAGGGGUAUAUGACAACCAUGUGAUCAAGUUUCUGUUCAUUUCGAUAUUUACAUUUGUGUUCCUUUGGGGACCCCUCCUGAUCGACAUUUUCCUACAUGUUAUAAAUAUAACAACAAGCAACAACAAGAAAGAGCUGUGGCUUAUUCGUUUGAUGUACCUGAACACUCAAAUCAACCCCUGGCUCUACGUCAUACUGCGCAAAGAGAGUGUGCGCAGAUUUUUUCUUCUGGUUUUGGGAUGUAGGCGGCAAUUCUGUUGCACCAAGAAGGAAGAGAAUACAGGAAGAGUAUUUACUCCCUCAAGUCCAGCAAUCCUUGCUAUCAUCAGAUACAGGGCCAGCUUUUGUGCAAUAGGAAUUAUUCCGUCUCGAUUGUUUGGACUACAGCCGACUGCAUGCAAAAUUACCCGGAUCAUCAAGGACUCUUAGUGGACAAAGAAUAUUGCAAAGUGAUAGAAUUUUAUUGCUGCAACUUGAUUAUUUGGACAACAGCUGACUGCAGAAUUAUCCCGAAUCAUAAAGGAAUGUAAUUUUGCAUGCAGUCGGCUGUAGUCCAAAUGUUAUGUGUCGGAAUGGACACAUAACAUUAACAGAAAUAUUUCCAUUCCUGAAUGAAUUGAAAAUCAACAUGUAUUGAUAAAAUAUACUUAGUAAAACAAUAACAAUCAA